GGAGAGUUGCGAAGGUGCCACUCUUGACGGGCGACUCUUUCCGGGUUAUUUCGGGUGUUUCCGGGCCUCCCAAAGAGCGCUCCAAUCCGGAACAAAUCGUUGGACUCAAGUUCGGGCAUUUCCGGAUACUCUUUACGUACUCUUUACGUACCUCCUCCCCGCUAUCCCGAUGAAAAUGGAAGUGGCAACAUAGGAAGGAAUGGCAGGAGGCGCGCGCUGAGGAAGGAGCGGACCCAGGAUGUCUGAGCCGCUGCCCCUGUCAUACGUGACCACACAGGAGAUGCGCUGCCUCCUGCACUGGCUGUUGGGCUGGGCCCCAGCACAGCGUGAGCAGUUCCUCCGUGAUCUGGUGGACAAGGCCGUGCCUUGGAAGGUGCUCCCCCUGCUGGAAGGGCUGGCGGGGCUCAGCGUGGGACCUGGGAAGCCCCCAUCCAUCUUUGAGUGCCAGAUGCGCCUGUGGGACCAGUGGUUCCGCAGCUGGUCGGAAGCUGAACGCAAUGAAUUUGUCAGGCAGCUGGAGGAAGCAGUGCCAGAUCUGGCCUCCCGGUUUUACCAAGAGGUUGCUGCAACAGCCGGGCAAGGUUAACAGGUUGCAGCUCUCCUCGAUAUCCCCCCCCACACACACACAAAUAUUCUUCAGUGAUCACUCUUGCAUUCUCCGCUGUUGUGCAAGGCUCCCUCCACCCCAAUAAUUUUAUCUGUGUAUGAGUCGUAUUGAAACAGAAUAAACAUAUAUGAUUGGUUAUCCCAAAAA